AUAUAAUUACAUAAAAAAUAUACGAAAAUAUUUAUAAAACAUAUAAAUGCGUCCACUGGAACAAAAGUUGGUUAGGUGCACUGACAUUUAAGUUGAUCUUAAGCUUCUCCACUAAAGGGACGUCCGAGUUUGUGGAGAAGCUGCUGCAUGUGAAGCAAGGCGGUUCAGCUGCUCGUCGAAUUCCUUUUGACAGAUGCUAGCUAGGUAUUCUUUGAAGAUUCCAUUUCACGGAACUUCAUUUCCAUUGAAGGGCUAUUUGUUUCUAGCAAUGCAUUCUCUAUUUAAAUCUUCCAUGUGCAAGCUGAUAUUUUGUAAUUAGCCCCCGCUAUCUGAAUGCUUCACUUCUACGCAGUAGUCCAAUUUUCGUUAUUUGUAGCUGCAUAUGCAUAAAGUUUUCUAUCUACUGAUGCAAUAUUCUUUCCAUGAAAUCUCAAAUAGUUGCAUCGGCUGGAAUUGCUACUCUUAUUGUGUAUAAAGCAGUACACAUCAUCACUAUGGGUUGCAUAUUCCGUGGGACUUUGUAAUUGUGUUGGAAAAGGAAACAGCAGAAUAAUCAUGUUAGGGAGCCUACGUGAAGAAAAGCAGUUGUGUGCUCCCAGAAAACUAAUCUUGACAAAAAUUAGUCAUUUUCUGUCUGCCGGCAUCUCUUAUCCCACACAUGCCACAAAGAAGAAACUACUUGGAAGUGAGAGUAUUCGAACCUCAACAACAACAACAACAACAACAUACCCAGUAUAUUCCCACCAAGUGGGUGGGGUCUGUGGAGGGUAAGUGUACACAGUCCAUACCACUACCUCAAAUGUGAGAUAGAGAGGCUGCUUCCGAUAGACCCCCGGCUCAAAGUAAAACAUUCUGACAUAAGAAAUAGUAAAAGAACAAGAUUCAAUAGAAAAUAGCAUAAUCAAUAAUACCAUUAACAAGAUACUUCAAGUAACACACCAAAAGAUACAAUAUCCUAAACUCAGACUACCCUUUUAACCUAAUCCGCUUCCUCCAAAACUUCCUAUCCAGGGCCAUGUCCUCGGUAAGCUGGAACUGCUCCCUAUUCGAACCUCCAAUUACUAUAAUCCUUAGCUUUUCUUAGGUUAUUUUUUUGAGUUUCGACUUCAUUGCAUGUUAAAACCAUCGUAAACUGAAUUAGCUGCACUUUUUGCUUGCUCUAUUUAAGCCGAGAAACGAAUUCUUUAUAUACUUUAAAAAACUGGAUCGCUAGUGUUAGAAGAGUGGGAUUUGAAAGCCAAGACAUGUAUUCAAGCUUUGUAUAGACAAGAUUUCACUUGAUGCUUGAUAGCUUUGAGUUUUUAUUUGUUGGAGAUCUGCUUCUCAGAAUUCUUUUGGAAAAAAGACUAGUGGUCACUGCCUUAUUGGUACGUACUCAUCACAACCUUUAUUUUCGCAAAGAUUUAAGAGUGGAUAGCAUGUACAAUGACCCAACAAGUUCCAUGCUCUGCUGUGCUCCCCACUCUGUUUAGUUCUGAAGAUGCAAUUGUUCUACAGAAACUAUUGUAUGAUGCUGUGAUACUGGUUGAUCAUUCAUUUCUAAGUUCUGGCAGAUGGUUUCAGCAACCCGAAUCCUACUUCAGGAACUUGUUUCUGCUGUGGUCCUUAGUAGCUGAUAAUGCCAUACUGUUUGCUAGGGUAUGCGAUCAAGAUACGCUGACUGCUUAUGUAAAAGCUUUCUCUGAGUCUCAGCUACCCAGUGAGUUACUUAAAUGGGUCUCUAUCCACGCUCUCUCAGAAGAGAACCUGAGUAAUCCAAAACUUAUGACACCUAAAGCUCUCAUAAAGUGGCUUUUUGUCCUGGAAGACCGAGGUCUCCGGGUGUUUGAUCAUGACAAACUGAAGUUCCAUGCCGAGGCAGAAAUUUGCAUUUCAAGGCCAGAUUGCUUUCUCCCUGAAGUUCAGCCUGGAGGCUGGACUGCUGAAGAGAGAGCACAGGGAAGGAAAAUGCAUUGGGGAUGAGGAAAUGGACACCUCAUUGGACAAAACAUUCUUUGAUGCUUACGUUUGUACAGAUAAAUUGCCUACUGACGGUGGCAGAAAGCGCAAAGAUCGAGUGAAAGACACAGAUAUAAGAGGGGGAACACUAAUCAAGCUUCUUAAGUAUAACGUUCAUGAAAGCCCAAAUAGAGAGAAGUUUCUUCCUUUCUCUGAUGAAGACAUGGAAGUGAUGGGAUGAUAUGACCGAAGUAUAAAUUAUGUAUAUGUAGCAGUGCUUUGGACCCUAGUUGGCACAGUGCAUGAUAUAGCACUAACUCGGAGCAGUUCUUUCCUUCAUUUUAUGCCCCUUUUGGGGAAUGUAUGGAUACAACGGAAAGCUUAAAGAGUUGAUACAAAUAACUCGUUUCACUAUGUUGUAUCGGAUGAUUUACAAGAAUGACUUAGGAAGUGGAUCGUCUUUUUAACUUUGACCUUUCUUACACCAUGAGCAACACUUUUGGCCUUGAAGUCUGGUCCGUUGGGAUAAAUACAAGACCACUCAUUUUGAAGGUCAUUGCUUUAAUUUCCUGUGUUGUGUCACUAUCAAUUUAAGGUCUUGCUCAAUUAAUUUUA